CUCGUUUCUCCUCCGCCACAGCGAGCAGCACCCGCGGCUCCCGGUCACAAGUUUGGAGCCAGGGACAGCGGUCUUUCUUUCUCUAUCAGGUGGGGUGGUGUCGAGGACGAUUUAAGCCCAUUUUGUUGAUGUUGGUGCUGCCAAGAUGAACAUCCCAGAAUACUACGCGGGGAAGAAUGUACUGAUCACCGGGGCAACAGGGUUCAUGGGCAAGGUACUGUUGGAGAAGCUACUGAGAUCCUGCCCUGAAGUCAAAGCUAUCUAUGUGAUGGUCAGACCAAAAGCCGGCCAGAGCCCUCUAGCCCGCAUUGCUGACAUGCUCAAUUGCAAGUUGUUUGACAGAUUGCAAGAUGAGCAGCCAAAAUUUGCAAAGAAGAUCAUCGCGGUGAACAGUGACCUCACACAGCCGGAGCUGAAUCUGAGUGAAGUGGACCAGGAUACACUGGUUGAACACAUCAACAUCGUCUUCCACUGUGCUGCCACCAUCCGUUUUAAUGAACCACUCAAAGAUGCCAUGCAGCUGAACGUCUUGGCCACCCAGAAGAUGGUGGCCCUGGCCCACAGGAUGAAACACCUCGAGAUCUUCAUUCACAUCUCCACAGCCUAUGCAAACUGUGACAGGGAGCUUAUUGAAGAAGUUAUCUAUCCUCCCCCCGUAGACUACCGAAAAUUAAUUGACACUCUAGAAUGGAUGGAUGAAAAGCUGGUGUCUGCACUCACUCCCAAUUUAAUCGGGGAGCGUCCCAACACCUACACCUAUACUAAGGCCCUGGCUGAGUAUCUGGUGCAGCAGGAGGCUGGGAACCUCAAUGUGGCCAUCGUCAGACCAUCCAUAGUUGGAGCCAGUUGGAAGGAACCUUUCCCUGGUUGGAUUGAUAACUUUAACGGACCUAGUGGAAUAUUUAUUGCUGCCGGUAAGGGGAUCUUGCGAACGAUGAGGGCAUCUAACAAUGCUGUGGCUGACCUGGUGCCUGUAGACGUGGUCAUCAACGCCACGUUAGCUGCUGCUUGGUACUCUGGAUCACAGAAACACAACAGGCCCAAGAGCAUCCUGGUUUACAACUGUACAACUGGUGGGAUCAAUCCAUUUCACUGGGGUGAAGUCGAAUACCAUGUAAUAUCCACAUUCAAGAGGAACCCCCUCGAGCAGGCCUUCCGUCGGCCCAAUGUUAAUCUCACAACCAAUCAUCUAAUCAAUCAAUACUGGAUUGCUGUGAGCCACAAGGCUCCGGCCUUCCUCUAUGAUCUGUACCUCAGGCUGACUGGACGAGAGCCCAGGAUGAUGAAGACAAUCACUCGUCUCCACAAGGCCAUGAUGGUUCUUGAGUAUUUCACAAGCCAUUCCUGGGUGUGGAACACGGACAACAUCGCUAUGCUGAUGACACACAUGAGCCCUGAGGACAAGAAGGUGUUCAAUUUUGAUGUGCGUCAACUGCACUGGGCAGAGUACAUGGAGAACUACUGCAUGGGCACCAAGAAGUACGUCCUCAACGAAGAGCUGUCAGGCCUGCCUGCUGCACGGAAACACCUCAACAAGCUGAGGAACAUCCGCUACACCUUCAACACCAUCCUGGUAGUGCUCAUCUGGCGCGUCUUCAUUGCCCGCUCCCAAAUGGCCAGAAACAUCUGGUAUUUUGUAGUCAGCCUCUGUUUCAAGUUCCUGUCCUAUUUCAGAGCAUCCUCCACCAUGAGAUACUAGCCUGGGAUGUAUGGGUGGGUGGAUGGAUGAAUGAAUGGAUGGAUGGGAAAAAAAUCAAAGGACAUGUAAAGGUUGUGAGAGAGGAUGGGUUAGCAGCCUUUAAUACCGGUGUAUCUCGGCAGCAUUAAAACCAGCCACGCAUCUUGACCACAGAAUAGCACUUGUACUGUUGGCUUCAGGUACACAGCUACCUUACUGUUGUGUAUCUCACUCAUUUUUUUCUUACCUGACCCAGAUGCAUUUUAUAAAUUACACUAGCACACUGGCUCAUCCCAGAUGCAGCAACUCCAGUUCCAAAGCCCCCACCCUGCAACUAUAGACUAUCAGCACUUGGAUUCAUCUGCUCCCAGCUGAUAUUUAAGAAACAGGAAGUGUUGUUGUUACAGCACCUCUCUUAACCUGAUCCAAAUUCCGACUACUAGCUUUACUCCUGUGUAACCCUGAGCUCCAGACAGUCUAGUUUGCUCAGCCGAAGACACUCUAAACCUGCUCCGACCCAUUAGUCUGCCUGCCCUGCUGCCUCCAAAAAUGCUAUACACUGGAUGAUGCUCUGCACAAAUCCUCAGUUGGUUUUGAGUUAGUCCAGGUUUUGUGGCACCCUAGUUAGUCAUUUAUGUCCGUCUUGUAUGUAAAAUUCCUAAUUGGUAUGUCCUUUGUAGCUGCAGUGGGUUUUCUAAGUAAUGCUAUAAAGGCCGCAUUUCCCUGCUGUCACUUGAAAACAGUUAAGCUUUUUUUUUUUUUUUUUUUUUUUGCGGAGUUGAAUAUUGUGGGCCAACUGUAAUAUCUAAAACAUAAUUAAAAAACAUAUUUCAAUUACCAUUUGGCCACACAGUGUGGCCCAAAUCUCCUAUCAGAGCUUUUCGUCUCUGUUCUUUUUAUAUUGCUGUAAAACAUAAAUGAGAUCUGGCUCUUUGGGCUUGGCAGUCUGCUUGGUACAGAUAGUUUUAAGCGGUUGGGAAAGUAUUGUUUCUCUCCAUCUCUUCCUCUGCUUUACUAACAAAGCCUUUCCUAGGGGUUGUAAUUGGCCUGCUUUGGUGACUUGUUUACAUAUUUCCUGCUUUAGCCAAGGCAGAGGCGGAUGUCAAAAUAAUUACUAUUAUGUUUGAAGUAGACCGCUGUGGCUUGCUCCCUAUUGCUACAACCAAGCAAGGGGUUAUAAUAGGAUGGCUUUUUAUACAGUGCCUAAAAAAACCCCUGAUAAUGCUUGCAUCAUCAGAUCCUGCAGAUGGAGCUUGUAAAGAUUUCUGUUGUUUUCUCAUUAAGCCAUCUGUGACAGCCAUCUUUCAAAGUAUUUUUGCCAAAAUACCUCUUAGCUAGCUGACUUGUAGCUCGCAACAGAUCCCUGCUUGGAGGACAGGACUGGUUUAGAUGAGAGGGAAGUGCUGUCGAACUUGGAAGAGGAAGUAUCCAGAACCUUUGCAACACUUGAGGAGGUCUGUUGUAGCUCAAUGUGAACAGCGGGUUUUCAUUUGGAGAGGCUCCUUUUGCCUCACAUGCUUAACUGGCUAAAUUAAUCACCCAGGUUCAUUCCAAACAUGAGUCGUGCUCGAGACUGGAGCGAUGCUUGGGGAUUUGGCUUUCUGUUUUAAUGAACCACUCUUCGGUUCGGUCUAAUUGUUGAACGCCACUUUUGUUUUGUAACGUUAAUGUUGUCUUUCUGUCAGUCAUUUUAAUGGUCUGUCAUAUCAGCUGAUUUGACCAUCCUAGCAGGUUGUCUAUCCACAGGAAACCCUUUCUUGUUUGCCGUUUUGCCCAUGCUGUUCAUAAACCUCCAGUUACCCUCCCCCUGGCCGUUGCAAUGCUUUUACCAUCCCGUUUUUGCCACGAAGGAGCCAGAAUCUGUAGUAUAGCUGACACGAGUCCAGGUGAACUCAGACAGGAGGGUUUGGACUGAGGACUGGACAUGCAGCGUGGAAUUCCGAGGCAGGAAACUUCAGCUGACCUUCAAAUGGGUGCAGAAGAUGAGUGCAUUUUUUUGCGCCUCUCCGUCUUUGUGAAGAUGUCGCCCUUAAACGUCACGUUAUAGAUCCUGUCAUUACUAAAUGCUAAGGUUGUCUUAUACCCCCAUGGUUUUUCUGGGUAGGUUUCCAUAUCCUUUUACCCCCACAGCUUUGGGUGUUGUACUCAGCAGUGUCUACACAUGUAGGAUGUUGGCAUGUGAUCUCUGGUUCUUGCGUUGGGAAUGUUCUGCAGCGGCUUGAACACCUACAUGGAUGUUCUGUGAACGCCUCUGUAUGAUUAACUACUUGUUUUGGUCUCGGCACAUUUGUGGCAUGAGCCGUUUUGAAUAGGAUCAUGUGACUAGGAAAAAAAAACCUCCUUUUAGGAAAAUGUGUGCAAGUAUGAAUUGUGCCUGAACUUUGUCAAAAUAAUAACAAUGUGAAAACACCAAUCAGAUCUAUGUUUUCUAAUCAUUUGUGUACAACUCUAUUUAGGUAGACUUCAUAACGUAACAAAAGAUAUUUUUAUGCUGAUAUUGUGUGGCUAUUUACUAUGCUUGGGAUCACAGAUGUUACUGAAGCAACUUUACCUGCUGUAAAUUAUUGUACGUAACACAAAAAAAGAUGUAUACUUAACCACAAAAUUUACAAAACCAAAUUUAACUGUCAAGUUGCUUGUCAGUUAAGUGUAUAUGUACAUGUUCCCUCUUUCUCUUUGAAUGUAAUCGAAUAAUACAGCCUGACUUCUUUGCACAGCUGAAAGCUUCCUCUGAUUCCUGAAUCCCGAGUCUAACAAAAUGUAGUUGCCUGUAUUUUCAAUAUUCAUCAGCAAGGUAGAUUCCUUUGUCUUUUUCGGGGGGGGGGGGUGAGAGAAGAACCAUGUAUUUAGAACUGUGUCAGCUAAAUAUCCUCAACUGUCAUUUAGAAGUUUAUUUAUGUGUGAUCAUUUUUUGUGUAACACUUAACACUGAGUCAUUUUGUGGGGUGUUUUUUUUUACAUUUUUUAUUUUUUUUUAAUCGUGCACAAUGUCUCCAUCAUCUGGCAUAGAGUUUCACUUGUGACGGAGAAGCACUGGAGCAGUGAAGUCAGGGUUGGAAGACGAGCUUCUCCCGGCUCGUCCGCUGGACGUCAGAGGGGCUGGCCCUCUGAGCUCAGAUUUUAAUGUCAGGGACUCGGACUACUGCAUCAGAACCAUUAGGUUUUCUAAUCAAACAGGGCAUUGCACACCUCAACAUCAGCAUUGGCUCAGCUUGUGGAACAAAUUCUAGUUUGAUUCUGUGUAGUCCACGUUGGUUCAUCAUUGUAUCAACAAACUAGAUGAAAGAAGAUGUUGUUUAGUGGCUCAUGGAACUCUCAUUUGGAUUUGGAACUACUUUUUUUUUAUCAAGGCUUUUGUAGGCCUAAAUGAGAUUAUACUGAUGUAAUUAACAUUGAAAGUCCCUUGUGCCUGCUAUAACUAUAUAUUUUUUGACUUUUUUUUGUACAUUGUUUACACAUCGUAGGCAUGUGUCAUGUUAACAAAUAGCCGUCUACCAUCUUGACCUGAGUGUUGGGGGGGGGGGGGGGGCUGUGUAUUUGGGAGAACCCGAGUAAGAGUGUUGAUCCGAGUCUGACCUGUCCAGCCUUGUUUCCCUUUCAAGCAUCUGAGAUAACCUGACACGCAACACAGGAGGGAUUCAGAUGUGUUGAUGCUUUUAGGUAAAUUCUGCAUGGAUUUCGGCAUUAUGCAUAAAGGAUAACUGGAGUAUUUCUGUGGUAGUUCGGAUUUAAUUUGCACUUGUUCCAAAAUCAGUUUUGAUAACUCGUGUUUUUAACAGCUGACAUUGUGUAGUGACUCCACAUCUUCACUUUUACUUUGGGGAGCUUGAUACAUGAAGGCCGGUGUCAGUCUCUUCUCUUUCCAAAACACAAUGCUGUUCUCGACAGUCAUUCUCAAUGUGAAGCUCAAAUCAAUGGGUGCCUUUUUGUUUGUAAACCAAAAAGAAGAAAUAAAUGGAUAAAUUCUUCUGAUUCCAAGACUG